UAUUACUCAACAAUCAGCGAACCCUUCUUCAUAGUUGUGAUAUUUCGGGACAAUGAGAGCAUUCGGUAGAUACAUGACAAUCCUGUUCUUCGUCGCCGUCGCAGUUCAGAAGGCGCAUCUCCAGACGUACGCAGAACCCCCGCCUUGCGCUAUUGGUUGCACAACCACUGGGCUGUCAGACAGUACCUGCGAAGAGUCGGACUUGGAAUGCCAAUGUACCUCUGACGCGUUUCGCGAAAAGGUUGCGGAAUGCGUCAGAAGUCGUUGUACUGUGGUAGAGGCUCUCGCUGCGAAGAAUGAAUCCUCGGCGCGUUGCAACAUCCCCAUGCGAGAUCGCUCUGGGGAACUUGUUGUGGUCUCUUACACGAUGGCCAGUCUCGCGGUGGCUUUCGUCCUUUGCCGAAUACUCUGCAGAAUCUACAUCUCUGAGCCACGCCUCGGACUAGAUGACUGGCUGAUCUUCAUUACCACAGUCUCUAUGGUACCUGGCGCCGUCAUCAACGUUUGUUUUUUAGCCUCUCACGGGCUCGGAAAGGACAUAUGGACAUUGCAGCCCGACAGCGUCACCAAGACUCUAAAGUAUUUUCACAUAAUGGCAUGCCUGUACUUCCUGGAGACAGCGUUGAUAAAACUGUCAAUGAUCGGCUUCUACUUGCGUAUUUUCCCAUCGACUUCGAGGACAGUCACGCGGUUCUUAUGGGGUACCUUUGUCUUCACAAGCCUCUGGGGCGCGGCAUUUCUCCUCGUCGGUGUUUUCCAGUGCACGCCCGUCGAAUAUUUCUGGACACAGUGGAGAGAUCCGGAAACCGGAGUGUGCCUCGAUGCUAACGUUAUAGCGUGGACGAACGCAGCGAGCAACAUAGCCCUUGAUUUGUGGCUGCUGGCCCUCCCAACGUUUCAACUACGCAAGCUGCGCCUCCCCUCCUGGAAGCAGAAGGUGAAGUUGAGUGUUAUGUUCUUUUUUGGGACCUUCGUGACUAUCGUCAGCAUCCUGCGGUUGCAAUCUCUGAUAAGGUUUGCGACCACAACCAAUUCCACGUGGGACUUUUUCGAGAUCGUACUGUGGUCCACAAUCGAGAUCACAUGCGGCAUUAUCUGCGUCUGCUUACCCACAAUGCGACAGCUCUUCCUCGCUGGGGCCCCGAAGAUCAGCGCCAUGCUUACGUCCAAGCAGAAGGCACCACGGUGAAUAUAGACAAAUCUUGGAUAACCUUUGUCCUCAACUUCUGAUAAAGCAUGAUCUAUGGAGAGCGCAUAGAUUGUUUUGUCCCCAAUACAAGCUUGAUGCUGGCGUAAUUGUCGGAGGAGAACUGCCGACCGAGCCUUGAGUAGCAACUGAACUUUGUGUCGUGGAGUGAGGGUCGCCGUACGCCCUUCUGCGCAGCAGGAGCAAACACUACCUGUUGUACAGUUGCAGCGACUGUAUCUAGACGCUUGUAGGCCCCGCUUAACAAAGCGUCUAAUCGCACAUGCUAGCUCAAUCCGAUACCUCUUCCUCUCAGGCUCACAACUAUAGAAAUGGAUCAGCGGGAAGGGGCAGUUGGGAUUGUCCUGAAUUAGCUGCC